AAAUGUGGAUACCAAUGAAGCGAUUGCGUUUGAAUUCCAUUUUGUCCAUUUUCUCUCUCUAAAACGCCGUCUCCUCAUCUACCCUUCAACCUCAAUUCAAGCUUUUCAUCAGCAGACUGAUAAUAUGAUUGUUGGAGCUUUUCAACUUCCAUAACAAAGUCAAAAAUGGCAGAAACAUCUGAAGCCGAAUCUACAGCGCCUUUACUCCGGCCACGCCAAGGCGGCGAUGUAGGUACUGGCCAGGCAGCGCUAGCGAUGCUUAUCGGUCGGGCCACGGGUCGCAGGGGUCCAUCGAUGUUAGUAAGAGAGACGGCAGUGAUGGAGUUGGAGGAACGGCGAGUUGAUUGGGGUUACUCGAAGCCUGUAGUGGCUCUGGACUUGACUUGGAACCUUGCUUUUGUUGUGGUAUCUGUUGUGAUGCUUAUACGCACGGCUCAGGAACGGCCAAAUGUGCCGAUUAGGGUUUGGAUUAUCGGUUAUAUGUUGCAGUGUCUUGUGCAUGUUGUUCUUGUAUUGGUUGAGUAUAGGAGGAGAAUUAGGAGGGGAAUUAGGGUUGAAGAUGGAUCACAAAUUGCUUCACAAUCAUCUGUGAAUGACAGUGAGGAGCAAAUGGGUGGACUUGGAUUGUCAAGCCAGCCUAGUGCGACUAAACGAUUGGAAUCUCUGAAUACACUGGUGUCGUUUGUCUGGUGGGUAGUUGGAUUCUACUGGGUUGUAGCUGGUGGUCAGAUUCUCCUGCAGAACUCUCCUUGUCUAUAUCGGUUGGCUGUUGUGUUUUUGGCAUUCGACGUGUUCUUUGCCAUUUUCUGCAUUAUCUUGGCUUGUUUGAUUGGGGUUGCUCUUUGUUGCUGUUUACCUUGCAUAAUUGCAGUUCUCUAUGCUGUUGCUGGACAGGAAGGUGCCUCAGAUGCAGAUCUUAGUAUCCUCCCUAAGUACAAAUACGAAAUAUGUAGCGAUGGAGAAAAAUCUAGUAUUGGAUCAGGUCGAAUGGUUCCAAUAGAGACAGGAAGUGGCUACUCGGUUAAUGAACGAGUCCUUUUGCCCGAGGAUGCUGAAUGCUGUAUAUGUCUAAAUGAAUACGAGGAUGGAACAGAUCUUCAUGCUCUACCAUGUGGCCACCAUUUCCAUGCACAGUGUAUUGUGAAAUGGCUCAAGAUGAAUGCAACAUGUCCACUCUGCAAGUACAAUAUUGUCAAAGGAAGCGAACAAGUUUAAGCCGAAAGAAGAACCAAUCUUUUAUAUUAUGUUGUUGUACAGGGGAAAGUUAUUGAAGAAAUAAAUGUGGUUACUCGUUCUUUAUAGUUCCAGUUUCAUCGAUGUUCUUCAGAUUGUAUGAAAUUAUAGUUUACCACUUAGCCUGGCAGAUUUUUUUUGGGUUAAAUUGGUUAAUAAGAUAUUUUAAUUUAUUUGGAUAUAUGUAUGUCCUUGAAUUUCCCAGAUUUGACUUUAGAAUUGGAAUGGAAUGUGAGAAAUACAAUUGAAUGGAGAUGUAAGUUGUUCAAUAGUUAUGUUUUGUGUUUUAU